AUGGCGCGGACCUAUACCCCCCGUCUACUGCGUCUCUUCGCCCUUCUCUCCCUUCUUCUCCUCCCGUCGCCGAUAGCGCACCAGCUCGCCUCCGCGCAACCCGCUGUGCCCGCUGCCGCGCACCGGAAAGCCGCGCAACCCGCUGGGUCGACAACGACAAAGUCGGCGGACCAGGACGCGAUCGCGAAGAAGCGGUUACAGCUGUACCACGAAGUCGUGCAGGCGAUUGCGUUUUCGCACGUCGCCAAUGCGACAAACGGAACGAUAAUCUCCCUGCCCUCGACACCCGCGUCCGGGUCGACCAUGGACCUAACCGUCCUCGAUACUGCGUCGUUCGCUGCAAAUGGUAUUCGCUAUAAGGAGUUUUACUUACCGCCUGGGUUAAAUGUUCCUACGACGGAGUCUCAGGUGGUGAUACUGUAUCAGAAUUACCCUAAUUUCACGGCACCGCUUAAACCGCCGCAGGGUACCAGAUACGCGGCCCAGUUUUUGGGCAUGAGCGUGUACCCGUUUUCGAUGAUCAACAGCGCGACUCUUGUCGAACCACUGAAUGUGACUGUAACGGAUACAAACACGCCGAUCGAGGUCUCGCUGGCUCUGGACGUCUACUUUCCGGAUUUUUACUUCUGCGUGACGUUUGAUCCUGACGGCCUGCCGGUUAAUUCUACAGUAACAACCGAAAGGUCUCCCCCGCCGCCGUCGUCAACAACUCCAGUCAAUGGUACCACCAACUACACCUGCAAAUCUCCCGACCUAGGGGAAUUUACCCUAGCAAUUUCCCUCGAACCCCCUCCGCUGUCUCCUCCGCCUUCCCCCGCUCCCCCCACUCCGCCUCCCCCCGGCCCCUCGUCUCCGCCUUCCCCUUCCCCCGUUCCUACCCCGCUGCCUCCGCCGUCCCCCACACCGUCAUCCAGCAACGACACUGUAGCACUCGCUGUGGGGUUAUCCAUCGGGAUAUUCUUCCUGCUGCUGAUUCUGGGCUGCCUCGCGUGGGUGUUUUGGCGAUCGCACCGGAAGGCGCGGCUCGAGAAAAUGGAGCUCGACGCGGAGCGGAAGCUGAAUCUGGAGACGGCGCUGGUCGGCGGAAACCGCGCGCCGGCCGCCGGCGCGUCAAGGACGAAAGCGGUGAUCGAAUGGGAGGAAUCGCUGCCGUCCAUUGAUGGGAUCUAG